AGCGAACGAGCACUGACGUGACGGCCCUGGCGUACAGCCGGGACUUCAUGAACCGUGUGCAUAUUACCGUGGGACGUUCGAGUGUCAAUCAUUCUUCCCGAUUUGACAGGCGGCUUUCGCUACUGUUGACAACAGAACUCGUUUUUUUGCUUGUUCUCGCUCCUAGACUUCGUCAACACAUUGCGUUGUACUACAACAUUGCAUCAGGUGAUUUUCCCGCCAUCACUGCCUGCCCUGCCUAGCCACAUGAUGAGAUGCUUCAGUGGGAUCGACUUGCUCUGUACAAGCAUCUACAAACGUCUAAAGCAACAUCCUACUCUGCUUUUUGCUAUAAUUUUUCUACAUGUUUUUGUGUGCGGUGAAGGUGAUGGGGUUUCUGUGUGGCUGAAUGGCAAAGCUUCGUCUGGCGCUGCAGUUGCGGGUGAGAACGUCAAGUUUUUCUGUGUUUGGAACGAUGACGACCGUCCGGUCGUCGUAACGAGAUGGGAAUUGGACGGACGAGAACUGACGAUGAACUAUCACGUCAGAAUGAGACCUUCAAGAACCAAACACAUUUUAGUGAUAGUCUCGGUGCGACUGGUAGACAACGGGACGUACAGUUGCGUGGCGGACCGUAACGGGACGGAAGUUACCGCAUCGCAAAGUCUGACCGUUUACCUAGAUGCAGCUAAUGCAGUAGCGAGCACGUCUCCGAAGACUACAAUGAAGCCAAAGUCAACUUCGGUCUUACCUGCUAGCACCAAAGAAGCGUACCAUAGUAUUACUACAAGUCGCACUUCUUCCGUUUUUUCCGGUACCCAUGCCAAAUUAUCGGAAUACGAAUUGCUUACCGGUACUUCACUGACUGCCUCCCGGUCAACAGUACCAACCGCUACUAGCAUCUCUGUCAAUGCAAAUACACCAAGCCGCGCCGGUUCGCACGACGCAAUCACUGCGAAAACGACACACGAUAACGUGUCGCAAGAUGGUGGACGUUUUCAGACAGACCGGAACAAUUCGUCUUGUCAUGUACGACGCAAAACAGAAAUACCGACGUUUACGAUAGUUAUCUUAGCACUCGGGUGCUUGUUCAGUGUCGCAAGUGGCGUCGUUUGUGUGGUUGUCAAGGUAAAUGGUAUUUGGUCUUGGCGAAAAACAAGCGUCGAACGGGAUGAAGACAAAGAAAGAGGACUUGUGUGGCGCCCGAACCGAGACGACAAUGCAGUUGCCGGAAAUGCAUUCCCUACUCGUUUCAAUGUCUCGCCGCACUAUGAGACUAUUGCCGGAGAAAAGGCGGAAGACGCAAGGAGGUCGCGCGUACCUGUAGACUCUCGUCCGUCCAGCUGUGACGCUCGCGGGUACAUGAUUAUGCAGCCAAUCACAAACGGCGAAAGGAACGACCGCAGCGAUUCGCAGCAACCGUCAAGUGCAAUAGCAAUCAAAGACAACGAACUAGCGAUUUCUAAGUUGGAAUCGGCGACAUCACUGGCCUAGAGCGCCGACGGACACGACCACUUGCCGCUACUUGACUUGUUAUAUCACGUGACUUGCAUGGAGGCAGCCGUCAAACAGUUACGUCACGUUCGAAAUUUUACGCCAAGCUUGUGUAUAUUUUGCAUAGUCUACAGCAUAGGGUUAGGUCAAACUGUAAAAUGUGCACGUGAUGUCUCUAGAGAUACUGUAUAUACGUGAACGCUGCUGCCAACUAGACGUUUUAGUUUGUUUUGAUGUGACGAUCUUGCUUCCGGUAUUUCAAACGUGUCUUCUCUAAAUCUA